UCCUCCCACCGCCCCGGCUGCCGACGUGGGGAGGGCGGCAGCAGGCCGUGAGGGCCGGGGUGUGGGUGCCGGAAGGGAAGGAGGGGGAUGGGGGCCCUGCGGCUGCUGGCGGUGGCCCUCACCUGCUGCUGGUGGCCGCCGGGCAGCCAGGGUAAGACCCUGCGGGGCAGCUUCAGCAGCGCCGCGGCCCGAGACGCUGAGGGCCAGAGCAUCGGCCACUUCGCGUUCCACGGUGACCAUGCUCUUCUGUGUGUCAGAAUCAACAAUAUAGCAGUAGCUGUUGGAAAAGAAGCUAAACUCUACCUGUUCCAAGCCCAGGAAUGGCUAAAGCUACAGGACAGCAGUCAUGGUUAUAGUUGUGGUGAAAAAUUAUCCAAAGCUCAGUUGACAAUGACCAUGAAUCAGACUGAACAUAAUCUGACCGUGUCCCAGGUUCCAUAUCCACAAACGUGGCACGUGUUUUAUGCUGACAAGUAUACAUGCAAAAAUGACAAUGAGAAUUCUCAGGCGGAAGAUAUCCCAUUUGAAAUGAUGUUACUAAACCCGGAUGCUGAAGGGAAUCCAUUUGAUCAUUUUAGUGCUGGAGAAUCUGGGUUACAUGAGUUCUUUUUUCUCCUAGUCCUGGUGUACUUUGUGCUUGCUUGCAUUUAUGCUCAGUCAUUGUGGCAGGCUAUCAAGAAGGGAGGGCCCAUGCACGUGAUCCUAAAGGUUCUGACAGCCGCACUGCUGCUACAGGCCGGCUCGGCGUUAGCUAAUUAUAUUCAUUUCUCCAGUUACUCCAAAGAUGGAAUAGGGAUACCUUUUAUGGGAAGUUUGGCAGAAUUUUUUGACAUUGCUUCCCAAAUUCAAAUGUUAUACCUGCUUCUGAGUCUAUGCAUGGGUUGGACAAUAGUCAGAAUGAAGAAGUCUCAAAGCAGACCUCUCCAGUGGGAUUCUACUCCUGCAUCCACUGGCAUUGCUGUAUUCAUUGUGAUAACACAGAGUAUUUUGCUACUUUGGGAACAGUUUGAAGAUACCAGUCCUCACAACUACCAUUCACAUCACAACUUAGCAGGGAUCUUGCUAAUCAUUUUAAGGAUUUGCCUAGCAUUGUCAUUAGGCUGUGGACUCUACCAGAUCAUCACAGUGGAGAGAAGCACGCUAAAAAGGGAGUUUUACAUCACGUUUGCCAAAGGCUGUAUCUUGUGGUUUUUAUGCCAUCCAGGUCUUGCAUGUAUUUCUGUCAUUUUUAGUGACUACCAAAGAGAUAAGUGGUUACAAGUCAAGACAGAUUUAUGAAAAAUCAGUCUAGCUGCUUUACAGACUGCGGACUGGAGCGCCACGCUCGAGGGGCCCCACGGGAUGGUGUUGAGCCCCGCCUUCUCAGGUCACCGGCGCCAUCAUUUCAACAAGCUCUGCCAGCCACCUCUUACAAGCGACACUGUGUGGGCUUGAACGCGCAGGGGGCUCUUGGACCUGAGGUGUCUGCAAAGGGUAAAUAGAUAGGAAGGUAGUCUGCAAAACUAAAGAAGCAACUUGAGAACAUUUGAAAGGGCUUUUAGAAUACUUUUCAGGAUUCAGGUGGGGCCUGCUUUCCUCUUACCAGAUUAGCCAGGAACCUGAUUUUUCUUACCACUUUCUGUAGCGUGUGCACCUGAGGAGAGAAUGGUUUAGCAAACUGAAUGUGUCUUAUUUUGGAGUCUGUAAACUUAACUGUUCAAUAAAUUUUGCCUUUGAACAA